AUGGCCGCCACCAAACGAAAGGCAGACGCCGCGGGCGCGCCUGCGAAGAGAGAACAGCGCGCCUCGGCCGACCGCUCAGCAAAGCGCCCCCGCAAAUCAGACGCACCGACGGCGGCGACGGAGAGCGCGCCGCCCAAGGCGAGCGUCUUCCAGGACGAGGAGAAGGCGUUUCCCCGUGGCGGCGCGAGCGUGCUGACCCCGCUCGAGCACAAGCAGAUCCAGAUCAGGGCCAACCAGGAUGUCCUGUUCGAGCAGACGGGCGCCAGACGCGGCGGCCGUGGCGCCGACGACGACGAGUUUGGCGACAUGGGCUCCGACGACGACGACGGCAAGGCCGCCAAGGCCGCGAAGAAAUGGCCCGCCAACAAGGGCAACAAGUCCAAGGGCAACAGGUCCAAGGGCGACAAGUCCAAGGGCGGCGACGAGCACGAGGACGCCGUGCGCCCAGAGGGCCUCAACUACAAGAAGCUGUCCGCCGGCACCCUCCUCCUCGGCCAGGUCACCGACAUCACCAGCCAGGACAUCGUGCUCGCGCUGCCCAACAACCUCGUCGGCUACGUGCCCCUGACCGCCGUGUCCGACAAGCUCAACGAGCGCCUCGAGAAGCUACUGAACGAGGACGACGAGGGCAAGACCGGGGACGACGACGCCGAAGACUUCGAGGACGUCCAACUAAAAAACUUCUUCUUCGUCGGACAGUACCUGAGGGCCUGCGUCACAUCCACCACAUCCACCACGGACGACACAGCGCGCGCGCGCAAGAGGCUCGAGCUCUCCAUCGACCCCAAGCUCGUCAACAAGGGCGUGCCCAAGCGCAAGAUGCCCGUCAACCUGAUGCUGCAGGCCUCGGUCCUGAGCAACGAAGACCACGGCCUGGUCAUGGACCUCGGCCUCGACGACACCAACAUCAAGGGCUUCCUGCCCAAGGGCGAGCUCGGCGCAAAGGUGCAGCACGCAGACGUCCAGGAGGGUGCUGUCUUCAUGUGCCUCGUCACCGGCCUCAACUCCGACGGCAAGAUCGUCAAGCUCUCCGCCGACCAGAGCAAGUCGGGAAUCCUGUCCAAGGGCAACACGCUGACCGACGCACCCACCAUCGAUGUUUUCCUGCCCGGAACCGCCGUCGACGUCCUCAUCGCCGACAACACCCCCACCACGCUCACCGGCAAGAUCCUCGGACUGAUCGACGCCACCGCCGACGCCUACCACUCCGGCGCCACAGAAAAGGGCGCCGACGUGUCGCAGAAGCACAAGAUCGGCUCAAAGGUCAAGGCGAGAAUCCUCUUCACCUGCCCGGAUGCGGAGCCCAGAAAGGUCGGCAUCUCGCUGCUCGACCACGUGCUCUCGCUGUCCUCGCGCAUGUCGGGAAAGCCCAAGGAGCGCAAGACACCGCUCGAGUACCUGCCCGUCUCCACCAUUGUCCACCAGGCCAAGGUCGUCAAGGUGCAGCCUGGCCUGGGGGCCUUCUUCGAGCUGGGCGUCCGCGACGUCAUCGGCUUUGCCCACGUGUCUCGCCUCUCGGACGACCGCGUGGAUGUGCUCUCCGAGGACGCAGGUGCGUUCAAGCUCGACACAAAGCACCGCGCGCGCAUCAUCGGAUACAAUGCCAUGGACGCCCUCUUCCAGCUGUCGCUCGAGAGCAAGGUGCUCGACCAGCCCUUCCUCCGUAUUGAGGAUAUCAAGCCCGGCCAGGUCGUCAAGGGAAAGGUCCACAAGCUCAUCGCCGAUAAGAAGGGCGCCGCAGCCGUCCUGGUCCACCUUUCCGACGGCAUCACCGGUCUCGUGACAGAGCUUCAUCUUGCAGACGUCAAGCUACAGCACCCGGAGCGAAAGUUCAGAGAAGGCGUACCCGUUACUGCCCGUGUCCUGUACACCGACCCAGCAAGACACCAGAUCCAGCUCACCCUCAAGAAGUCUCUCGUCAACUCUGACGUGGAGCCUUGGACAGACUACUCCAAGCUCAAGGAGGGCGCUACAGGUCCUGGUAUUCUCGUCGACGUCCGCCGCCAUGGCGCGACGGUCCGCUUCUAUGGCGACGUCAAGGCCUGGCUCCCCGUCGCGGAGAUGAGCGAAGCUUACAUCGAAGAUGCUGGACGUCACUUCGCCAAGGGCCAGGUCGUCAACGUGCGUGUACUCUCCGUCGACCCUGAGGAGCGCCAGCUGCUUGUUUCUUGCAAGGAUCCCGCCGCCGUCGAUACCAACAAGGAAGCUGCUUUCAACGCACUCAGCCCCGGAGACAUCACCAAGGGUACCGUGGUCGACAAAACCGACGAGUUGGCCACGCUCGACCUUGGCCAUGGCGUCAAGGGUGCUCUGCGUAUUGGUCAUCUGACUGAUGGCUCCGAGAAGAAGGACAUGUCCACCAUGAAGAAGAUCCGCGUUGGUGGUGUUCUAGAAGACCUUGUGGUUCUGAACAAGCACUACAAGUCCAAGAACGUGACGGUCUCGAACAAACCCAGCCUCCGCAAGGCCGCACAGGCCGGUAGGCUCAUCACUAGCUUCGCGGACAUCAAGGCUGGUGCAACCGUCUACGGCUUCGUGCGCGGCCUCCUCCCUGACAAGAUCUUCCUUGAGCUUGGCAACAACAUCAGUGGUGCUGUCUUCAAAUCGCAGCUCACCGAUGAGAUGCUCCGCUCUCCCAACUUUGGUCUGCGCAAGGACCAGUCCGUAACCGCCAAGGUCACGCACGUGGACGAGGCCAAGGAGCUCUUCUGGCUGUCAAUGAAGACGGACGCAGACCUUGACAUGGACAGUGCCUCCAAGGGUACGGAGCCGGUCGGCGAGCCCUUGGUUGACCCUGUAGAUCCCAACAUCACAUCUACCGCCGACAUCGAGUUUGGCGUUGCCGCAAGUGUCCGCGUACGCUCCAUCAAGAACACACAGCUCAAUGUUUCCCUUGGUGAGAACGUGCAAGGACGUAUCUCUGUUGCGGAAAUCUUCGAGUCGUGGGACGAUAUCAAGGACAAGAAGAACCCGUUGGCGCAGUUUAAGAUGAACGACACCAUCAAGGCAAAGAUCCUCGGCAGGCACGACGCUCGCAACCACCGCUUCCUUCCCAUCACACACCGAUCUAGCAACAAGACACCGACCUAUGAACUGACCGCCAAGAAGGACAAGCUCACCACGGAAGCUGAUGUUCUGAGCCUAGACAAGAUUACACCUGAUGCUACGUUGGUGGCCUUUGUCAACAACAUCGCGGACCGCUUUGUCUGGGUCAACAUCUCAGCCAACGUGCGCGGACGUAUCGACUUUCUGGAUCUUACCGACGACCUUGAGAAGCUGUCUGCCAUCGAAUCCAACUUCCCGGUUGGCUCGGCCCUCAAGGUUCGCGUCAAGUCAGUCGAUGUGGCCGCUGGCCGCUUGGACCUGACAGCAGCAUCCUCAGUCGCCGGCAACAAGCUCACCCUCAAGGACCUGAAGGUGGGCUAUGUUUUGCCAGCUCGCGUUACCAAGACACACGACACUUCCAUCGUUGUACAGAUCAACGAGAGCAUCGCUGCGCCCAUCUACCUCGAGCAGCUUGCCGACGAUUACGACAAGGCCAAGCCGUCGGAGUUCAAGACUGGUGAUGUGCUUCGCGUUUGUGUCGUGGACGUCGAUGUUCCCAACAAGAAGCUCGGACUGUCAGCCAGGCCAUCGAAAGUUCUCAGCGCCUCCCUGCCCGUCAAGGAUCCCGAAAUCAAGGAUAGGUCUGAUUUGAAGAUCAAUCAGGUUGUACGCGGUUUCAUCAAGCAAGUCACUGACAACGGCAUCUACGUACGUCUCGGUCCCAAGGUGGAAGCCUACGUCCGUAUCAGUGAGCUCUCCGAUGCGUACAUCAAGGACUGGAAGGCCGCUUUCCACGUCGAUCAGCUCGUUACCGGAAAGGUCAUCUCCAACAAAGACAACAUGCGCAACCCUCAGAUGAGCUUGAAGACCUCGGUCAUCCAGGGCGAGUACACUGAGCCCAUCGGCUUCAACGACCUCGAGGUUGGCCAGAUGGUAACGGCCAAGGUUCGCCACGUUGAGGAUUAUGGUGUCUUCCUGCUCAUCGACAAGUCGAACAACGUCAGCGGUCUUUGCCACAUCUCCCAGCUCGCCGACACACAAGUCGACAAGGAAAAGGUAAAGGAGAUGUACAAGAAGGACGACGUCGUCAAGGCCAAGGUGCUGAACGUGGACCCCAAGAAGAGGAAGAUUGGCUUCACUCUGAAGUACUCCGAGAUCAAGGGCGAGAGCGAUGACGAUGAAGAUAUGGAGGAUGCUUCCGAUGUCGAGGCUGAUGAUGAAUCUUUGAUGGAGGACGGAGGCAUCGAGCUUGAUGACGACAUCGACAUGAGGAGUGUCAAGAGCGCAGACAGCGACGAUGAAGAUGAUGCCGCCCAGGAUGAAUCCGACGACGAGUCAGACGCAGAGCCCUCCAAGGCUUCAGGACCUGGACUGAGCACAUCAGGCUUCGACUGGACAGGCGCUAACCUUGAAUUCGACGAGAAGAAGGCCGCAUCUGACUCUGAGUCUGAUGACGAGCCCAGCAAGAAGAAGAAGAAGAGCAAGAAAGCCACCAUCAAGGAGGACCGGACUGGUGAUCUUGACGCCUAUGGCCCCCAGUCGGUCGCAGACUACGAGCGUCUCCUGCUCGGCCAGCCCAACAGCGCCGAGCUCUGGGUACGCUACAUGGUCUUCCAGCGCGAGCUCAACGAGAUCGAGAAGGCCCGUCAGAUUGCCCGCCGAGCGCUCGCCACCAUCAACGCACGCGAAGAUAAGGAGAAGCUCGACGUCUGGACUGCUCUGCUGCAUCUUGAGAACGAUGCUGCUAGCGACGAGGUCGUGGAGUCGGCAUUCAAGGAGGCCUGCCAACAACAGGACUCCCGCGAAAUGCACGAGCGCAUGAUCAAGAUUUACAUCUCGUCCGGCAAGCUCGACAAAGCGGAUUCCUUGUACCAGUCCAUGACCAAGAACAAGUCCUUCACACCCGACCCAGCCUUCUGGCUCGGCUUCGCAACCUUCUUGAUGGACGUCCUCACCCCUCCCUCUCCAACUCGGGCCCGCGCCCUGCUACAGCGCGCAACCCAAUCCGUCCCCUCCUCCCAACACCGCUACCUAACACAGAAAUUCGCCGCGCUGGAAUUCAAGAGCGCCCACGGCGACGCCGAGCGCGGCCGCACCAUCUUCGAGGGCCUGGUCAGCACCUUCCCCAAGAAGGGCGACGUGUGGGACGUCUACAUCGACCUGGAGCGCAGCCACGGCACAGACGACGCGGUGCGUGCCCUGUACGAGCGCGCUGCCAAGGCCGGCGGAAAGAGUAAGCGCAUCGCGAGCGUGUACAACAAGUGGGCCGAGUGGGAGAGCGCGAACGGCAACGCAAAGGGCGUCGAGCGCGUCCGCGCUCUGGAGGAGCAGUGGCGGAGCGAGAAGGCUGGCAAGGAUGAAGAGUAG